CCGAGCUCAAGAAGCUUGACGACAAGAUGCAGCUGGUCGAGGUGCAUCUGCUGGAGAGCCGCGUGUAUAUGGCCCUGAAGAACCUGGCCAAGUCGCGUGCUGCGUUGACGUCCGCGCGCACGUCAGCCAACAGCAUCUACACCCCGCCGCCACUCCAGGCGCAGCUCGAUCUGCAGUCGGGCAUUCUGCAUGCCGAGGAGGGCGACUUUAAGACUGCGUACUCGUAUUUCUUUGAAACCAUGGAGGGCUUAGCUGUGUAUGUAUCGCCCAAGGACGUAGCCUCGUCGUCAAAGGACAACAACUCGCUUCAGACUGGCCUGUCCGCCGCUGAGGUCGAGACGCGGCAGCUGCAGGCAUUUGCGUAUAUGAUUCUGUGCAAGAUCAUGCUGCAGCAGCCCGAUGAGCUGGCCGCGCUGCUUGCUACCGGAAAGACCGCGUCAAAGUUCCGCGACCGCCAGGUGGUUGUGGCACUGCAGGCUGUAGCCAAGGCGCAGAAGCAGCGGUCGCUUGCCGACUUUGAGAAGGCCCUGUCCACCUUCCGCAACGAGCUGCAAUCGGAUGAGCUGAUUCGCACCCAUCUGACCACGCUCUACGACACCUUGAUGGAGCAGAACCUCGUGCGCCUAAUUGAGCCGUAUUCGAAGGUCGAGAUUGCACACAUUUCGGAGCUGAUUGGCCUGCCCAUCCGCGUGGUUGAGAAGAAGCUGAGCCAGAUGAUCCUCGACAAGGUCUUCCACGGUAUCCUGGACCAGGGCAAUGGCUGCCUUGUUAUCUUCGAGGAGCCCAAGCGUGACCUCACGUAUGAUGCCACCCUCGACACCAUCAAGAGCCUUGGUCUGGUCGUUGAGUCGCUGUACGAGAAGGCAUCUGCGCUCUGAGCACGAUAAUACACACAUUCUAUCAUUUCCAAGUCUUUUAAAAAUGUGACCCCGUUUACACUGGUUUAUGAGCCUGUGC